AUGCCACCCUCGAAUCUGGACGGAUUCGUUACCUCAAAUAAUCCUCCUCCUACUUCCCUUGCAACCUCCACCGCAAUACACGACCGUGAUUCCACUUUCAUUGGAACAAUUUAUCGUGCUUCGUCCCCCGCGGAAGCGCAACGCAUACGCACAUACCAUAAGCAUGUAUUCAACCACUCAAAACCUGCAUCUCACGAGAUUUCUGCUUGGAGAUGUAUGGUACUGAAGAAAGGGAAGGAUGGUCUGGGCGGACCAGACGAUUUCGAGCUGACAAGCAGAAAAGACGAUGACGGCGAGGACAGAGGAGGUCAAAGUAUUUUACGAGCAAUGGAGAAAGAAGGAGUUAUUGAUGUAGUAGUUAUCGUGAGUCGAUGGUUCGGCGGUACGCUCCUUGGUCCUGUGCGAUUUACGCACAUCGAAACAUGCACACGUGAAGUAUGCCAAACAUUCAAAGCCAUUGAAGAAGUAGAAGCUGCUAUAGAGGAGCUCAAAGAGCUUGACGAUCAACUCGCACAGCUACGUGCCGAACUAGCUACACUUUCUCCGUCAGCACCUUCCAAUAACCAGAACAGUGCAGAUGGGAUCGAACCGCCAGGCAACUCGUCCACUUCGGUACGAAAGGAGGCCCCGGAUUAUCGUGCAAUGCUCCUCCCACCUGUACCAGACGUUGUUCGUGCGAAGCGAUUAGUCAACGCAAGGCAAAAUGCUAUUCGGAGUGUGAAAGGCGUCCUUGCUCGUACGAAGGAGGGUUCGGCUAACUGUACAGAGACAUUUUGAUUCAUAGGUACUCUGUUGCAUGUGAAUCGGACCUCAUCAUUUAUCAGAUAUUCUGGCUUAGGUUAUCCUGUGGAUUUAUAUACCAAUUUCUACAUACUGAUAUUCUAAUGUUAUACUCUGCAUUGCUACGUGUAUUUCACUCGAUGGGAUGCCCUCACUUAUGCAAA